AACCCUAUCACAUAAACGCUACUUCUCAACACAAUCCAACCUCAAACAGCCACUUACGAGUUUUCAGAAACUUCUAGAUUUUUCUAGAAGAUUUCAUGGCGGAGGGUAAGAGAUCCACUGGCUCUGUCAGUUGGUUCAGUGCACAGAAAGGUUUCGGCUUCAUUGCUCCGGACGACGGCGGCGAGGAUCUAUUUGUUCACCAGACCUCCAUCCAAUCUGAUGGCUUUAGGACACUGUCCGAGGGCCAGCCCGUCGAGUUCGCCAUCGAUUUUGGAGAGGACGGCCGUACCAAGGCUGUCGAUGUCGUCAGUAUCUUUAGAUCUCGCCGUGCCCCGCGCGGCGCUCGCUACCAGGGUAGUGGGAGAGGAUUCUAUGGCGGGAGGAGGAGAGGAGGUGGUAGUGGUCGAGGCGAUGCUGGUUAUGGGAGAGGUGGCUGGGGUGGCGGGUCAGGCGGUGAUUCUGGAUACAAUACUGGUGGUGGAUAUGGCGGCGGCGGCGGCGGCGGCGGCAGUGGAGCGUGUUAUAAUUGUGGGAGAUAUGGUCAUUUAGCGAGAGAUUGUUAUCAAACCGGUGGCGGCGGUAUAGGAAGUAGGAGAUACGACGGCGGCGGAUACUCCGGUGGAGGAGGAGGAGGGGCAUGUUACAAUUGCGGUGAGGAAGGUCAUUUUGCUAGAGAUUGCCCUAAUACUGAUCAAAACUGAAACAAUGUGGGUGUUUCUCUUAAUGAUGAUGCUCCGUUAAUUAAUUCUUUGUGGAUUGUUGCAUUUUCGAGGUUUGAUGAUUGUUUUUCAGGGGAUUGAAGUAGAAGAGGAAAUGGAGCAGAGCCGCUUCUGCAGCCAUUGCCGCUCUGUUUCUUCUUCAUUGGUUUUUUUUUUUUUUUUUUUUUUUUUGGGGAGAGUGGGGAAUUUGGUAAUGAUGGUAAUUGUUUACUUAAGUUAUAGUUUUAUCCCUUCCUUUUUUUUGUCCCCUCAGUUAUUUGUUUAACAUGAUGAAAGUGAUCCCUUUACAUCUUCUAUAUGACAUUAGUUAUUUUGUCACUUUUUUUCCCCUUUGCGAUCAUGCGAAAUUUUUAUUACAUUCUAGACGGUAUGCUGCUUGGUUUUUCUUUUCUGUUGCUAAACUCAAUUGCAAACUGCCAUUGAUCGUCUCCUUAAUUAUUAGGAUUGAAUUGAUAAGAUUUUGUUUGAAAGCUGAAAACAUAGUUGACAAUAUAGAUACUCUUCUCUAUUGAAAACGAUAGCAAGUUGAGUUGCAUUUCUUGGUUUUGUUCACCUUUUUUAUUUUUUCUUCUUUUUUUUUUUUUUGUGGAUAGAAUAUCUUGUCCUUUGUAAUGUCUAUCUUAUUACGUUAAUAAAGUGUGGAUGUCCUUUUAAAGGUAACAAACAUGCAAAUAACUGAAGUAUCUGUUUUUCUAUGGAAGGAUAUGAACCAAGUCAUACAUAUGGGUUGGCGAGUGGCGAGUGGCGAGUGUCUAGCGGCAUCUCUAUUAUUUCUUUCAAUUGUAUGGCUAGUGUUUUCAUAAUCCUAUCCAAAGUUUGGAAUCCCAUGAAAGGCCAAUAUUGGAUGGGUUAAGAUUGAAAUCCCUCUUGAGUCUUGAUCAUCCACUCCUUGGUGGCUUUUUAGUGUGUGAUCUUAUCUGGUCCUUUUGAGUUCCACGAUAGAUCUGCAUUUCAUGGUUCAUGUCAUUGAUUUCCUUAUUUUCUAACAAAGGAAAAUUAUAUCACCAAUUACUGAAAGAGAAUGAAAGAAUAUAGCAAAUGAAUGUCAUUACACGAAAAAGAAGGGCCUAAGAUCAUUUAUGCUCAUGGGGAUGUUUGUAGGAGGUUGGCUUCUUCAGAUUUUUCUUCAGUUUUGAAACCAUAAUGACCCAAGCAAAGAGUGAUGUUUUACAAUUUUAAUGUUGGAUGUAGCUUCUGAAAGCUUAUAUUUUGCAAAUUCCUUAAGAUUUACUAAGGCUGCCAGUUUACAGGAAUAUGCAACUUUUUGGAAUUUUUGCGAAUACAAAAAACCAAAUUAUCUGCCAUUAGGGGCAACCAUUUAGAAGCUUGUGCUAUCAUAUGCAUCUGGAAACCAUGUUUGUUAUUCUAUUAUCAAAUGUGUACUUGAUAGUUUGGAAUUGACUGUAGAAGCUUUUUUUUUUUUUAUUUAAAUUCCCUUGUGAUUUGGUCAGAAUCCUCCUUUUAGUUUUCAUGCAUUCUCAAGGUAAUCUCUGACCAAGAGACCAUGAGGACAAGGAUUACCUGUCUCUAGAUUGAGUAUAGUUUUCAUGCAUUCUCAAGGUAAUCUCUCAUUAAGAGACCAUGAGGACAAGCUAUCGCUUACAGUCAAUUGGCUCUCUCUUCAUUGCCUGAUUAGGCGUUCAAAGGCGUUUCUUUGAAUUAUUAUGCUGUUGCUCAGUCAAGUUUGUAAGGUCUCAUGUCCCACAGUUAAACAAGAUUCUAUGUGCAUUUGCACUUUUUUGCCUGUUUUUGUUUUUCUUUUUAACGUUUCUUCUGUUAAUGAUCUACAAACAUUAAUUUCUGUCAAUUUAUCAAGCCUUGGGAGCUCUAAUGAGAAAUAAAGGAUGUGCUUUACGCAGUAUGAAAAUUUAUAUUUGAUGAUGUAUGGGAAUUGUUGUUUUAAUUUAAUCGACAGGUAGUAAUCUAACAUAUGUGAACAAGUUAUCUUAAGAUGAUCUUGUUCUUCUUUUUGCUCAUAUAUAUGGAAUAACAAGGGGAAGGUAUUGAAGAUUACUGAGCUUUAUGUUUGGUAUUUACGUUUAUCUUCAUCAAACUAAUUCUAAUUGUGAACUAUGUUCUUGCUUCUAUUCUAUGGAGUUUUUAUUAUAAUUCUAGUGUGCAUACCCUCUUGCUUA